ACUGCAUGAAGAGGAGACCUAAGCUUGAGAAGGACAAGUCCCUCUUUAGUUUUCUAAGUCAACGUGGACAUCUAACCAACUCUUCUCUUUUUCAUCAGCAUUAAUCUAUCCUCUCUUGUUUGUGGGAUCAUGGACAAUGCUGCAGUGGCCACUCUUCUGGCUCUGGUGAUGGUGAUGGCUGGAGUCAGUCAUGGUCUUCAUGUCCAAGGCGGUUCGGACAUAAAUGACAUUCUGCCAGGCAGCUCAGAAGAGAACAUGGUGAAACACCUGCUGGAGGGCGAAAACCGAGACAACAGCAUUGACAAUCGCCUGCUGGCCUCAGUAUUGAGAGCUCUGGAGCUCGGAUUCCAGAGAGAAACCAGGGAAUCUGUUCUCCAUCAGCCACAAAGGUUUGGCCGCAGCUCCAGAGGGCAGGUUCUGUCGGAGGAUCAGAUACAGUCACGCGACUGGGAGGCUGCUCCAGGUCAAAUCUGGAGUAUGGCUGUGCCACAGAGAUUUGGCAAGAAAUAGGUUGGAGGGGCCCACACAAUGUUGUCCUGGUACAGAUGCAAGGAGACUAAAUUCAAAUGAAUAAGUCUGAAAUGUAUAAGCUGUCUCCAAGUAUUUUCAAUGCUGCUCAAGGUCAUUAGGCCUUGUAUUUCACUUCCUGAUAAUACAAGCAUCUUUUAACUUUUAUUUGUCUUCAAAUUCCAACGCAGCAGUGCAUGCUAAUGGUUCAGAUGAGGAGGCCUGAACAUACCUUGUUUGUCUCGACUGAUGUAUGAU